CAUCAAUGGAAUUAUGGAAGGCUCAACCGGCGGGGUCCAGAUCGUGUCCAGGCGUAUCGUCCGGCCGGAGCCGGCAACCUCGCCAUCGGCGCCCGAGGUCAUGCACCUGACGCCAUGCGACCUCCGUGUAAUCAAUUUUGAGUACAUCCUGAAGGGAGUCCUCCUGCCCAAUCACAGGACGCGACCCGCAAGCGCCGUCGCGGACGGCCUCGCUUCGUCCCUGGCGCGUGCCCUGGCCCGCUCUACCCUCUUGCUGGCCCGCCUCACCGCCGCGGAGGUCACCGGCAGUGUGUCCAGUGGCCUUGUCAUCUCGCUCCGCUGCACGGGCGAGGGCGCCGAGUUCGUCCACGCUGUGGCGCCCGGGGUCUCCGUGAGUGACAUCGCGACCCCGCUGUACGUGCCGCCGGUGGUGCGGUCGUUCUUCCCGUUCAACGGGGUGCGGGGCGUGGACGCGGUUCUGGAAUCCCGGCCUCUUCUCGCCGGCGAAGACACCGAGCUCGCCGACGGCAUCUUCAUCGCCAUGUCCCUCAACCACGGCGUCGCUGACGGGACCACGCUCUGGCACUUUUUCAACACCUGGUCGGAGAUCAGCCGGAGCAGCAGCGGCGGCGGCGAAGGGUACAAGCUCUCCACGGCACUGCCGGUGCUCGACAGAUGGUUCCUCGACACUUGCCCCGCGCCUAUCCCUCUACCCUUCGCCAAGGUGGAAGACAUCGUUCAGCGGCCCGAGUACACGCCGGUCCAGGAGUGCUUCUUCCAUUUCUCUGCGGAGAGUGUAAAGAAGCUCAAGGCAACGGCCAACUCGGAGAUGGCCGGAACGGCGGCGACGGCGACCAUCUCGUCGCUGCAGUCUCUUCUCGCGCACACGUGGCGAGCGGUGUGCCGCGCCCGAGGCCUCGCGCCACACCGGGGGACAACGUACUUCCUUGCCAUCGGGCUCCGGGCACGGGUGAAGGAGCCACGAGAUUACGCCGGCAACGCCGUGACGGGCGUGGUCGCGCGGUCCGCCGCCGGCGAUGUCCGAGACCUCGACAGGGGCCUAGGAUGGCCGGCGUGGCUCCUGAACCGCGCCGUGGCGUCAUUCGACGAGGCCAGGGAGGGGGAUGAUCUCGCCUCGUGGGCUCGGAACCCCAGCUUACUCUACCUGACGCCGCUCAGGGACCCGGCGAACGUCAUGACCGGGAGCUCGCCGCGGUUCGACAUGUACGGCAACGACUUCGGGUGGGGCAGGCCGGUCGCUGUCCGUAGCGGCGCCGAGAACAAGGUGGACGGGAAGGUGAUAGUGUACGAGGGCCGCGACGGCGGCGGCAUGGCGCUGGAGGUGUACCUGUCUCCCGAGGCGAUGUCCAGGCUCGUCGCCGACGAGGAGUUCAUGGAGGCUGUGAGCCUGUGAGCGUCGCGUGUAGUGGUGGUGCUUGUUUGUGGGCAGCUGCCUGAUGCUGAUUAGGCUGCAAUAGACAACGGGGCUGCCUACCAGGCACCCGAGCA